AUGUCGCUCUUUAAAUUUGCCGCUUUUGUCCUGGGAACAGCUGGAUCUGUUGCCGGUCAUGGCUAUGUCACCAAGAUCGACGUUGAUGGCACCACCUACGGUGGCUACCUCGUCGAUACCUAUUCCUACGAGCCCGACCCUCCGAAGCUAAUCGCAUGGUCGACCACCGCCACUGACACCGGCUACGUGUCUCCAUCAGCUUAUGGUACUUCUGACAUUGUAUGCCAUCGUGGCGCUGAGCCCGGUGCGCUCUCUGCUGAGACUUUGCCCGGGGGCUCAGUCACCCUUUACUGGAACACCUGGCCAACCGACCAUCACGGGCCAGUGAUCACAUAUCUCGCCAAUUGCAAUGGCGACUGUGCUUCCGUUGACAAGUCAACCCUUAAAUUCUUCAAGAUCGAUGCUGGCGGCCUGGUUGAUAAUAGCGCCGUUCCGGGCACUUGGGCGACUGAUGAGCUGAUUGCGGCGGACUUCAGCCGAACAGUUACUAUCCCGUCGGAUAUUGCAAGUGGCAACUACGUGCUGCGUCAUGAGAUCAUCGCGCUGCACAGCGCGGGGAAUAAGGAUGGGGCGCAGAACUAUCCACAGUGUAUCAACUUGAAGAUCACAGGCAGUGGCACUGCAGCCCCAACCGGCACUCUUGGAACGGAAUUGUACAAGAACACUGAUGCAGGGAUUGGCGUUAAUAUCUGGAACGCGCUUAGCUCUUAUGCUAUUCCUGGUCCUGCACUCUACACCUCUGGUAGCGACAGUAACACUGCUACUUCUGGCGCUAGCCCCCCAUCCACAAACUUCUCUCCCACCACAACCGCUGCUGCAGCUACCACGACACUGUCCACUGUCGUGACCAGUGCCCAGAGUACAAGCGCUACCGUUGUCGCGGAACAGACAUCUGUUUCCUAUUCCCAGACGCCCUGGCCCUCAUCCACUGCUACUGAAGCCACCAGUGCCUCAAGUUCUGCAGGAGGAAGCAACAAUGGUCACACCGGCACACAUGAUGAAGCUGGACAUUGCCCUGCUCAUACUGGCAAGAAACGUUCCAGACUGAAUCGUAGAAGAAUGGCAUCCUGCAGCUCUCGUACCCAAAGUUGAAAUUGUAA